UUGAAACUGUUAUCUUUUGCUGUGUCAUGGUGACUGAAUUAUAAAAUGAUUAUUAGUUAUCACAAAAUAUAGUUUCUGAUGAAUGGUGACAUUCAGAAGUUCGUUUCAGUGAAUUAUAUUUAAAUCAUUAUCUUUUUAACUUCAAAAAGUACGUUACAUAUUUUUGUAACAAUUUUACAUUCUUUCCUUUGCCAAGAACAGAUCAAGAAGGAUGUCAGCAAGAAAAAGGAAGUUGAGAUUAGAUGAUGAUGACAGCAUGUCAAGUUCUAACAUGGCAUCGAGGACAUCAAACCAGAAGAAAACGUCAAAAACUAUUGUGAGACGUUAUUAUACACUCAUAUUUCUGGGAUUUAUGAUAUUUGGAUAUGUGGCUAUAGCAAAUGAUUUAAAACCAUUUCAUCUUGGAGGCAAAGCCAUUGACAGCGUAGCAUUUUCUCUCAAUUUUCAAAAACCAUUUUACGUUGUAAUUAUUGAUGCUGGAUCAACAGGAUCUCGAGUAUUAGCAUUUAGUUUUCAUACAUCAAUUAUAAAUGGUAAUCUAGUGUUGGAUAGUGAAUUGUUCCAUCAGGAAAAACCAGGAUUAAGUUCAUACGCUGAUAAUCCAAUUGAAGGAAUGAAAUCUCUACAAAUACUUGUUGACAAGGCAAAAUCUGUAAUUCCACAAUCCGAAUGGAAUUAUACUCCACUUUUUAUGAAAGCCACAGCUGGUCUUCGUCUUCUUCCUGGUCACAAGGCAAAUGAUAUUUUAGAAGUAACGAGAAAUUUUUUGAAAACAUCCGGUUUUCAUCUGAACGAUAAAUCAAUUUCAAUAAUGGAAGGCGUUGAUGAAGGUAUUUUCUCAUGGUUCACGGUUAAUUUUCUAUUGGAUCGAUUUAAUCAACAUAGUUCGCGAAGUACGGUAGCGGCUCUCGAUCUUGGCGGUGGUUCAACACAAGUUACUUUUGCACCCGAUGAAGAGAAUGUCAAAGAAUUAAAUGACAAUAUUUACAAUAUUAGUGCAUUAAAUCAUAAUAUGAGUAUUUACACUCAUAGUUAUUUAGGCAUGGGACUUAUGGCUGCGAGAAAAGGAAUUUUAGUGCCAGAAUCAGCGGCGAAAAAUGAAAAUGGAAUUAUUGAAAUACGCUCCGAAUGUAUUAAUCCAUUUAUUAAAACUACAUGGAAUUAUGGAGGACAAGAAUAUCAUAUAAUGGGACCAGUAAAAGGUGCAACGAAAGUUUUUAAAAAUCAAAAUUAUGCCAGUGGUGAGGAUAAACGUCCAAUUGUUAAAUUUCAAGAUUGUUUGAAGUUAGUUGAAAACUACACGAGUACAAUCAAGAAUAAACCAAUUGGAUUGAAUAAACAUGAGAUUUAUGCUUUUUCAUAUUAUUUUGACAGAGCUACUGAAAUUGGAUUGAUAGAUCCAUUUCAAGGAGGUACUAUCACAGUUGAAGCUCUUCAUAAAGCCGUUUUGGAAACUUGUGAAUAUGUGAAUACAGAACAACCAUUUACGUGCCUGGAUUUAACUUUUAUUUACUCUUUGUUAAAAAAUACUUUUGGUCUCGAGCCAAAAACCAAACUCAAUCUCUAUAAAAAAAUCUCUGGUCACGAAUUAAGCUGGGCUUUGGGAUCAGCUUUUAAUGUAUUGCAAAGUGAACUUUGAUAUCCAGACCAAAUAGAAUCAUAAAAAAAUGUGUAAAUUAAUCAAAUGUGGAAGAUGAAAGAUCGAAACAAAUGACUUCAGUUCUUAAAAUCAGGUAUAUUUCCAUUUUUAGUGCAUACUAUAGACAUUUUUCUUAUCUUUGUACUUAUGACAUAUCGUAUUAUGUAUUCAUAUCAUAUAAAAUUACGAAUCUUAAGUGGAAUGUAUAUAGAAGAUUUUAAUGUCUUAAGAUUUUUAAAUAUUUGACAAAUUUUACAAAACAGAAAUUUUAUACAUUUAUUGUGAUUUCUUUAUUUUUUGAUUAUUUAAAAAAAAUAUUUAACGAACUAACAAUAAUUAAUUAACAAUCAAUUGUUCGUUAUUUGUUAUUUAUAAGAGCAUUUAAAAUAGGCAUAAAUUUUUGAUCUAAAUUCAAAUUUGAGGGAAAAAUUAUUUUUCUUUUCAAGUUAAAAAAGAGAUUUUUUUUUUUGGUAUUAAAUAUUGGAAAAAGACAAUAAAGUUUGUUUAAAUAAUUUAAUUUUUAUAGCCAUUUUUUGUCGUUACAAUUUACAAAUUUUUUAGUUAAUAUUAUUCAAUAAAUAAAAAAAACUAUUUUAAAAACUACAAUAAUAUAUAAAUGUGAAUUAUAUGACGACUGUAAAUAUCUAACAUAAUAAUCGUCGACAGAGAAAAUCAUUGUGCAAAACAAACUAAAUUUUGUUACUCAAUGAGCCAAAUAACUUUUUGAAUACAUAAUAUCAUUAUAAUCAUAAUUUUCUAUAAAUUAUCUGUAGACUUUUAUAUAUAAAUCUUUUCGAUUUUUUUUUAAAUAAUACAAAAUCUGUUUAGCUGCAUAAAACAUAUUCUAUCAACAAAAAUGAAAAGAACAAUAUCUGAUAAAAUAAUUCAAUUUUUUUGUCAAAAGCACAAAUGAAUUUUGAUGAUUAAAAUGUUUGUCGAAAAAAAAAUUUCAGUUUGUGCGACGCUUGUGAUAGAGCACAAAAUGAAUUGAAGUCUUCGAAUUAUUAGAAUUAUCUUUGUACUAAUAUAAUUAUAAAAAAAACUUAGAAAUUUAUUGUUAAUGAAAUAGAAAAAAAUGUUUGUUAUAAGAAUUGUAAAUAAUAUUUAUAGAUAUUGAUAUCAUCAGGUGCUAUUCGGUUGGAGACUAUAAUUUUUAUUGUAAAUGAAAAAAUUUGGUGCAAUUAAUGUCUAAGUAGUAAUUAUUAUUUUACAAACAUAUCAAUUUAAGUUUAGCAUAGAUGAUAAUGACGAUCUUAUUUAGUAAUAUUUCUGAAAUAAUCAUAGCAGAUUAAUAACAAUAAUAAUAUGUGAUUUAAAUAUACAUAAUAAAGUAGAACAAUUAUAUAUUGCACAAAAUUGUGAUUUUCUUAAUAAAUAUUAAUUUGUGUAUAGUAGACAAAGUCGACGAUGUAUAGUGCCUUUAAAUAAAUUCUUUUAUUAAUACAA